ACCCCUUCUUUUGCUUAAAAAAAAAAUCUAGUUAAGUUUGUAUUAACACUUCAAUUUAAAAAAUAAAAAUAAAAUUAAGAACGAAUAUGCUGUAAAUUUUUUUUUUUUUUUUUUGUACUUGUAAAUCCUUAUUUUAAUUUUAACUAAUUUUCUUUUUCCUUUUUUCUUAAACUCCACACUCCACAUUUUAAACUGUUUUAUUUUUUUGUUAGUAUAUUUUUCCUAACGUGGGAAAUAAACGGAAACAAAACACCACCGAAAAGAGCAAUACCAAGGACGGAACACUAACAUCAUCAUUCAUUGUGAUUUUGUCUCCACCACCAUGUCCCAAGAUUCAACCAGUUCUUGAUUCAACUCAAAGAUGAGAUUUUCCUUCUCCUUUUACAAAGCUAAACUUCAACUUCUCUAGAAUUUCGUUUAUGCAUUAAUGUGUUUGUGAUAAGUCCUCAAUGAAUCAAAACUCAGUUAUCACUAACAGCAAAAACCCUUUUUGUUAUAAUAACCUAUGAUUCUUAAAGUUAUAAUCUUUUUUACAUUGGAUUAAGUUCUAUGUUGCUUGGUUGGUUGCACGAAAAUUUUAUAGUAACAAAGUUUAUUGCUUAGAAAGAAUGGUUAGAUAAUUUUUUAUGGUUUCAUUAAGUUUACUCUCUGUGCAUAAAUUUCUAAGUUGAUCCUCCACUUUUGUAAGUUGGUUGUUCAACUGAGAAAAUUUCCAAAUUGUAGCUUCAGAUUAGCAAUUAGGGGAUAGAGAAAACCUAAUUUUUAGGGUUUUGUUGCUAUAAGCUGCAUUAUAGCCUUGUUAGAUUUUUUGCUUUCUUGUUAAAUUUGUGGUUAAUUCAUUGAUAAGAACAUUAGACGUAUCAAGUGCUUAUGUUGAGUGUCAAUUUUGUCCUUUUUAACCCACUUGGGGUUGGUCGAGUGGUGUUGGCUUGGGCCCUUGGAGUAUGCUCCUCUCAAGGUCUCAGGUUCGAUUCUCGCUGGUGCCAAUUUCGGUGGGCUAAGUCCAUACAGAGCAAAAAAAAAACCUGGCUUUAAAUGGGGCCCUCGCAAGUGGGCGGUGAGAUUGGUCCCCUUGGAUUAGUCGGUCCUAAGGCCGGAUACCAAGUUUUCAAAAAAAAAAUUGUCCUUUUUACAUUUGUUUAUUCACCCUCAUCUCCAUGUCAUUUCAUUCCUGUAAUUAAAGAUCAGAAAUCUGCUUGUUAAAAAAAAAACAGAUCAGAAAUCUAAAGUUCUUUGUGUGUUUGGGUUUCAAUUUUUUUUUUGUUUCAUUCAUAAAUUUAAAGGAUAGAAUUGCCAAGCUAGAAGCAUGCAUCGCUAGUUCUGGCAUUGUUAAUUUUGAUACGAGGGGGUUGAGGAAUGUGUGUUUUGGGUUAGAUUCAAGAAAUAAUUAAGACCAAUAUUCACUUAUGAUGGUUGCAAAUUUUUUGGAAAAUCACUUGUGAUUGUGAAAAUCAACUUUUAGUAAGCAUAAGGUUACAUGUUGUCAAAUGAAAACGGCUUAAAUGAAAUUUUGGUCCCUGUGAUAUACACCUUUUCUAGUUUAGUCCAUAACAAGAUUGUCUUGAAACAUUGAAAAUUUGCUUUUGGUCCUUUUUUGUUUGUUUUAGCUCUUGUAAGAUUUAUCUAUGUUUAUGUACCAAAAAAGAAAAUAUUUAUCUAUGUUUGUAACUUUCUAUAUUGUCCUUAUUCCAAGGACAUAAAUCAAUAUAGUUCACAUUUUACAAUGAUUAAAUCUGAUAUGAUAUGGACAAUAUAGUGACUAAAUCCAAAACAACAAGGACCAAAAACAGCUUUUCUUAUGUUUAAAGGAUUAAAACUAGUAAGAAAUUGUUAUAAGGGCUAAAUUCAAAAUUGGUGUAUAUUGAGACUAAAAAUCAUUUAAAGCAAAGUUGCUUCUUGCUGUGUUGCUGACUAAAGGAAAGUUGCUUCAACAAGGUUCACACCAGCAUGUUAGUCUGGCCUUUCUUGUUUAGAAAUUGCCAUGUCCUCUUGCUGCCUAAAGCAAAGAUGCUUCAUGAAGGGAUGCAUAAGAGGAGAAAAUAGUCCAACAAGAAGAUUGGAUGAUUACAAAGUAGUUGCUGUACUGGUGUUAGAUAUGUGCCAUUAUGGACACUUCUUAUUCAUCAAUUGAAUCGUGCUAUUCUACAUACUACAAUCUUUCAAUUUUAUUUUUGAGCUAUCAUUCUAACUUUUAAGAUUUAUGCUUAGGAAUGAAAACGAGAGCAUAUCAAUUUAUAUUUAAAUGCAGGUGGAAGUAUUAGGAUCUAUAUGAGCCACACUUGUGUGUUAAUCUUUUACGAUUUUUUCUUCCAUUUUACUAUUAUACUUAACUCUGUAGCAUCCUUUCCUGUUCAGAAUUUUCCAUGUCCUCUUGAAGGUUUUGUAUUGUAUCCAUGUUGUGUCUCAUAUCUGAGUAUCCUGCAUAGUUAGCCUAUUAAAAUAUAAUUAGUGUUACGGAUUCUUUGCAGAAAGCACCUUAAUGUAAUUUUACAUUUAAAUGUUAUAUUUUUCAGGUAAAAAUAUUAUUGAAUUUGUUAAUUUGUCAAUGUAAAAAUAGAUUAUCAUUUUAUUCCUUUAUUUUUAAAUAAAUGGCAGUUCCUUUCCUUAUUGAGUUGUACGUUGUUUUAGCGUUAUUUCCUUGACUACCUUGACUGCAUCCAGAAAAAAUAAAAUUAACGAGAUGUCCGUUUUGUGUGACUUUGCCUUAAUCAACUUAGUUGUUUUAAAAUUUUAAAAUUUAAUAUUCAGAGUUCAAAGCAUAGUAACAAAUGUUGAGUGAGAUUUGGUACAAUAACAUUAACUUUUAUGUUUCAAAUUAAAAUAAUGUAUCACUUUUUCCAAUUUUGAAAUCUUCUUUAUUUGGGGAUGAGGUGACCAAUGGGGAACGAGCUUUGACGUGUUUUCCUUUAAUUUUACGCGAGUUCCGUUUUUGUCCUCUGUAUAAGGGUUUUAAGCUCAAUAGUAUACCACACAGAGAUGCAAGUAGACAAGAUGGCCUCGAAGAAAUUAGGAAUGGAGCACGGGAACAAUGAAGAUGAUUCUAACCAGUCUAAUAGUUCCGAUGCAUUGCCUCUACCAUCAUCGGCAGGGAAAAAAAUGAAAGAGGAUAUGGAUAUCAGUCCACUUGAUUUGGAUAUGCUUGAUAUCAUAUCCAAGAAACUGUUAAGUUUCGACGAUCUCUUCAAUUUUUCGGCGGUUUGUAAGGAGUGGAGGGCAGUGCAUAAAGUUUAUUGGAGAAAAUUCCUAGAAUCCCAAUCACCAUUGGUCGUACAGACUACUUCUUAUGCUAAGAAACUUUACUCGUUUUAUAGCAUACCCGAAAAACAAGCGUACAACUCUAAGAUGAGCUAUUUUUGGGGAUUAUAUUACUGUGGUUCUUCUAGUGGUUAUCUGGUCAUGGCAGGCGGCAAUUAUAAACUUCAGCUAAUGAAUCCUUUUACAAGAAAAGAGAAGAUCGUUGAUAUCUCAUCAGUUCGAGAGGAUUUUUUUUAUGAUACCUGUCGUGUUUUACUUGCUUUUGCCAAAGAUUCUAAUGAGUUUGUCGUAGUGGCUUUGUGCGGAAUUUCGUUUGCUUUGAAUGUUUACCAGUCAAGAUUUUCUAGUUGGGUUCCUUAUGCCAAAAGGGGAAAGCCAUGGAAGGUUGUGGACUUUGUAGUUUUGGAUAAUAUUAUUUAUGCUCUCACCGACAAGGUUGAGAUAGGUGUACUUAGCCUAAACUCCACAAGUUUGAAAUUGCUAGAACUGAAAAAUACCCCCGAUGCAACUCCUCGUUUGUUUAAGUUACUUCAUUGUGAUGGGAAGCUUCUUGUGGUCCGCUUUGUACCGAAGAGAGUAUUGGAUGUCUACAGGAUAGACUUCGCUACUAUGAGUUAUGUCAAGUUGGAAAGUUUGGGUGAACUUGCAUUAUUUUAUUCUCCUUACAAAUGCUAUGCACUGGCGAACCCUGGUGAGUGGGGAUAUGAAAGCAACCGUUUGUAUUAUAUUAAUUCAAAAUCUGCAGAAUGUGAAGUGUAUUCAGGGAGUGAUAAUGUACUGAUGGAAAGCAUUGUGCUUGCUGGUAGUCGUCAUGUUCUUCAUAAAUCAAAACCUUAUUGGCUGGAUUGGUGUUUUCGAAAUCUACAUGAUGAAGUUGAUUAUUCUCUGGUUGAGUAGUCUGCUGACGUGGCACCAUGCAGCUUGUUACUCUAUGUUAGUUUGGAUCUUGUUCCUUCUGUUUUAUUUCCUUAGUUUGGAUUUUGUUGUUCCUUCUGUUCCCUUUAUAUUUCCUUGUACUUUAACUAGUCAUGGUUUCUGUUA